CGGCUCCUGUGGGGCUUAUAUUCCCUCUCCCUCGUUGCUCAGGAACUACGCUUGGAGCUCCGGCGAUGGCGUUCUGGUGGCCGCUGCUCGUCCUCGGUGUCGCCUUCGUGGUAUGCCGCUUCCUCCUGAUGCUCAUUCCCCCUAGCGUCCCCUCCAUCGAGGUCGAUGCAUCCGAUGUGCUCGAAGAUGGGAGCCAGACCAAAGAGAACAGCUUCAUAUAUAUACCAAGGAAGGGGAGAGUGCCACAAACAGACAAGGUUCAAUGCUACGAGCCAGCAACUAUGAAAUACCUGGGCUUUACCCAAGCUUCAACCCCGGAUGAGGUCAAGGAGCAUGUUGCACAAGCCAGAGAGGCACAAAAAAUAUGGGCAAGUAGCAGCUUCCGUAAGAGACGAGAAUUCUUGAGAAUCCUUCUGAAGUAUAUAAUUGAUCAUCAGAAGCUUAUAUGCGAGGUAUCUUCUAGGGAUACUGGAAAGACAAUGGUUGAUGCUUCUUUAGGAGAGAUAAUGACAACAUGUGAAAAAAUAACUUGGCUUCUGGCUGAGGGUGAGAGGUGGCUAAAGCCUGAAUACAGGUCUUCUGGGCAUUCAAUGUUGCACAAGAGAGCAAAAGUGGAAUUUUAUCCCCUCGGGGUAAUUGGAGCUAUUGUUUCUUGGAAUUAUCCCUUCCACAAUGUUUUCAACCCCAUGCUAGCAGCAGUAUUCUCAGGAAAUGCUGCAGUGAUAAAGGUUUCAGAGCACGCAAGUUGGUCUGGGUUGUUUUAUUUCCGAAUCAUUCAAGCUGCCCUUGCUGCUGUUGGAGCUCCAGAAAAUCUGGUUCACAUAAUAACAGGAUUUACAGAAACUGGACAAGCUCUUGUAUCUUCAGUUGACAAAAUAAUCUUUGUUGGAUCACCUGGAGUAGGCAAGAUGAUCAUGCAGAAGGCUUCUGAGACCUUAAUACCAGUCACAUUCGUGCUUGGUGGGAAAGAUGCUUUUAUAGUGUGUGAAGACAUAGACUUGCCUACUGUUGUGCAAGUUGCCAUGAGAGGUGCUCUUCAAUCCAGUGGACAAAAUUGUGCUGGUGCUGAAAGAUUCUAUGUUCAUGAAAGAAUCUAUCCUGAUUUUGUUGAUCAGAUAGUCACUCUUGUGAAAUCAAUUUCUGUUGGGCCUCCGCUAUCUGGAAGGUAUGAUAUGGGUGCUAUAUGUGUCCAAGAACACUCUGAAAAGCUUCAGAAUCUUGUGAACGAUGCUCUGGACAAAGGAGCUGAAAUUGUAGGUAGAGGAAACUUUGGCCAUCUGGGAGAAGAUGCAGUAGAUCAAUUUUUCCCUCCAACUGUAAUAGUAAAUGUUGAUCAUACAAUGAAAUUGAUGCAAGUAGAGACUUUUGGACCAAUCAUCCCAAUCAUGAAAUUUAGUUCUGAUGAAGAGGUUAUCAAACUUGCAAAUGACUCGAAUUAUGGUCUUGGUUGUGCUGUUUUCUCUGGGAACCAGAAACGUGCAAUUGCAAUUGCUUCCCAGUUGCACUGUGGUGUAGCAGCAAUCAAUGAUUUUGCUUCAACUUACAUGUGCCAGUCUUUGCCCUUUGGUGGUGUAAAGCACAGUGGAUUUGGAAGAUUUGCUGGUGUUGAAGGCUUGCGAGCUUGCUGUCUAGUUAAGUCAGUGGUUGAGGAUAGGUGGUGGCCAUAUAUCAAAACCGUGAUCCCAAAACCCAUCCAGUACCCAGUUGCAGAGAAUGCCUUUGAGUUUCAAGAAUCUCUCGUGGAAGCUCUCUAUGGUCUCAAUGUGUGGGACAGGCUUCGGGCACUGACCAGUGUAGUGAAGAUCAUAUCAGAAAAAAGUCCUAAGCCCAUCAAUGCAAAGAAAAGGCAAUAACUAGAUAAACUAGAGUAAACAUGUUCAUGCAUGUUUUAUGAACUUCACUCGUGUGACACUUUUUAUCUUCAGCUGCUGAUACCUUGAACUCUGUUCUUGAUCUGUGCUGGCAUAGAUGUGAUCCAACUUGUUCUAGUUGUUUAUCUGUAGUUGCUAUACUAUUUACCCUAGAAUUGCUUGUGGAUCUUUACCUUUCAAUGGAAGGAUAUAAAUUCUUGGUUUCAAA